AAUUAAGGUCUGAUUUCAAUUAGCAACGAUUGAUGACGUAGUAUUUGAUUACAAAUGAUGAUCAAUAAUGAAAUUUGGCUUUUGAUCUUAAUGUUUAUCAACAUUGAUAAGCAACAAUGUCUACAGCUUCAUUGACGAUGAAUGGAAAUUCAUUGGUUUUUAUAUCACAGAAUCAAAUAAAAUCUCGACACUAUUCAAUUCAAAGGUUAAUUAUAUUUAUCGCAUUGUUCAUUACGAUAGUUAUCUUUUACAUGAUGACAAAUUAUUUGGAUAAAAGUCGUUCAUCAUUUUAUCGUGUUGAUUAUCGGCAUUAUCCUCUGAAAGAAUUGACAAAACGACAUAUGGAAAAGAAGAAAUUAUAUCCUAUAUUUGGGAAUGUACAACGACCUUUACCAUCGUUGAUGGUAAAACCGUUAAGAAAUGCUUCCCGAUCACACACUGUUCAACAGAUAACGGAAGAAAAUCUGAAAAAAUUAUUUAAGAAAAUAGCUUCAACUACAAUUAAACAAUUGUUUUUAUACUUGGAAAAUCAGAACUUAUCCUCCAUCGCUUUGAAUGAUACGAUCGAUCGAUCACCAAUCGAAUCUGUAAAUAAUUUAUCCAACUUUCAUUUCAAAUCAAAUGAUCAAUUGUAUCGAAUAUCACCGACAUUUCUGGUGCAUUCACGUGAAGCACAGUAUUAUAAGGCCAUAUUUGUUCGGCAUCCAUUCGUAAGAGUUGUAUCAGCAUUUAAAGAUAAAGCUGAACGACAACCGGAAGAAGAACAGUUUUUUUAUGAACACUACUGGAAUCCUUUAUUGGAUAAGCUUCAUGGAAAAAAACGAGAUCCAACACUUCGUGUAACAUUCAAAGAAUUUAUAGAGGAAUUUUUACUACCCAAUGAUCCAUAUCAAUAUGAUGAACAUUGGGCACCUGUAUGGACUCGAUGUGAACCAUGUUUAGUUCAUUAUGAUUUUAUUGGAAAACUUGAAACAAGCGAAGAAGAUUUUCGUAAUUUUAAAUCCCGAGCAAAUGACAAACUAAUUAAUGUUACAGUAUGGGAAAAUCUAAAUGAACAAUUUAGUUUCUCAAUGAAAAACAAUGUUUCGUCAUUAAUAUUAAAAAAAUGUCAACGACAACGAUUAAAAUAUGCUGAAACUAUUCAUUAUUUAUCACUGCUAUCACCAAAAUCAUUGAUUGAGCUAUAUAAAAUAUAUUAUUUAGAUUUCGAAUUAUUCGGCUAUACAAUCAAUGAAUUAUUCGAAUCGAUUACCAAUUAAAAUCUUGUAAAUUAUUUUAUUCAAUUUGAA